UCCCUCCUCUCCUUCUCUCACCUCCACCUGUAGACCGUUGUAAACAACCCUCCAAAUAUUUCCCUCACUCUUUUUCCCUUCUCUCUCUCUCUCUCUCUCUCUCUCUCUGUUCCCAAAAUGCCCUCCGCCUCCCAUCACCUCCUCCUCCUCCUCCUCUCCCUCUCCUCCCUCUCCUCCACCCUCUCUCGCUUCGUCGUUGAAAAGAGCAGCAUAAGGGUCCUCUCACCGGAGCACAUCAGAGCCAAGCACGACGGGGCCAUCGCCAACUUCGGCAUCCCCGACUACGGGGGUACGAUGACCGGCGUCGUACUGUACCCCGAUAAGGGGACCACCGGAUGCAACCCCUUUGGUGGGCCCCCUUUCGGGUCCAAGUCCGGGAGGCCUGUGGUUCUGUUACUUGACCGAGGAGAUUGUUACUUUGCUUUGAAAGCAUGGAAUGCGCAAAACGCCGGAGCUGCUGCGGUCCUAGUUGCUGACAGUAUCGACGAACCUCUACUAACCAUGGACACCCCUGAAGAAAGCAAAGAUGAAGGCUACAUUGAAAAAAUCACCAUUCCAUCAGCUCUAGUCAACCGAGCUUUUGGUGAAGCCCUCAAAAAAGCCAUAGAAAAGGGAACUGAAGAAGUUGUAGUCAAAUUAGACUGGAGAGAAUCAAUGCCUCACCCUGAUGAAAGAGUGGAAUACGAGUUUUGGACCAACAGUAAUGAUGAAUGUGGUAUUCGAUGCGAUGAACAAAUGAACUUUGUUAAAAACUUUAAAGGUCAUGCUCAAGUUCUUGAAAAAACCGGUUUCACUCAGUUCACUCCUCAUUAUAUCACUUGGUAUUGUCCUCAACCGUUUUUAACUAGUAGGCAGUGUAAGUCCCAGUGCAUAAAUCAUGGGAGAUAUUGUUCUCCUGAUCCGGAACAAAAUUUUGGGGAAGGUUAUGAAGGUAAAGAUGUUGUGGUUGAGAAUUUGAGGCAGCUCUGUGUACAUAGAGUUGCUAAUGAGAGCAACCGGUCAUGGGUUUGGUGGGAUUUUGUCACGGAUUUUCAUGCUAGAUGCUCAAUGAAGGAGAAGAAGUAUAGCAAAGAGUGUGCUGAAGAUGUUAUAAAAUCUCUCCGUUUAUCUCUUGAUAAAAUCAAAGAGUGCAUGGGUGAUCCUGAAGCUGAUGUUGAUAAUGAGGUGCUGAAGACAGAGCAAAAAGUACAGGUUGGUCGAGGCUCCCGCAGCGAUGUAACAAUCUUGCCAACUCUGGUCAUCAACAAUGUUCAAUAUCGAGGGAUAUUGGAAAGGACAGCAGUUUUGAAGGCAAUAUGUGCUGGGUUUAAAGAGUCUACUGAACCUCCAGUUUGCUUGAGUGGAGACGUAGAAACAAAUGAAUGCCUCGAAUCAAAUGGUGGUUGUUGGGAGGACAUUCGAUCAAAUGUCACUGCUUGCAAAGACACUUUUAGGGGCAGAAUCUGUGAGUGCCCAACUGCGAAUGGCAUUCAGUAUCAAGGAGAUGGUUACACCUCUUGUAAAGCUGUUGGUCCUGCAAGGUGUUCACUGAACAAUGGAGGUUGUUGGUCGGAAACAAGGAAUGGGCAAACAUUUUCUGCUUGUUCAGAACUUCAGCUGAGUGGGUGUCGCUGUCCGUUUAGCUUUCGUGGUGACGGCCAUACAUGUGAAGAUGUUGAUGAAUGUAAGGAGCGACUUGCAUGUCAAUGCGAUGGCUGUACAUGCAAGAACACAUGGGGUGGAUAUGACUGCAAGUGUAAGGGAAACCUUCUGUACAUAAAGGGAGAGGACAUAUGCAUUGCCAAGAGAACAUCAAGAUUUGGGUUGUUUAUGACAAUCCUUGUACUAGCUUGUCUGGCUGGUGCCGGAGUAGCAGCUUAUGUAUUCUACAAAUACAGGCUUCGGUCUUACAUGGACUCGGAGAUCAUGGCGAUAAUGUCUCAGUAUAUGCCGUUGGACAAUCAGCAGACUGAAGGCCAACCUCUACGGCAGGACUCUGCAAUAUAACAUAAUUUUACAGGGAGGUGCCAUAUAGAUGUAAACAUUGAGGUAUUGCUCAUAAGUUUACUGGAGCUUGAGCCAUGAGAGUUAAAAUAUGAACUGAUCAGCUGAUCAUUUGCAUACACAACGAAAGAUAUUACUUGUAUAUGUCAGUGUACAAAUUAUUUCCCCCUCUCCUUUUUAAAUUUUAAUAGAUGGAAGAGAUGUAUAAUUUUACAUGGAUAAAUUAUAAUCGGUUGAUGAUAAUAAUUAGAUAAGGAAUUGUUGAGGUGAUUAA